AGGAAUAGAAAUCAAAGUUUAUUAGAAAUGUCGUCAGUUUUACACAUGUGAAAAAUUUUGCAAAGAACUGUCAAUAUUAGUUUUUGUGAUGAACUUUACAUAACAAAUUUUUAAAAUUUUAACAAGAAUUGUUCUGUGUGAAUAUUUGUUACGAUAAGAAGUUAUCUGUGAAAUUGUGUUACCAAAGUAUCUUUCAUUCUCUGGCAAACGUCAUAAGAAGAUUUAGUACGAGAAUCGCCAAAUAAUUUAUUAUUAUGCUUCGUAUGAUGAAUUACUCAAGAAUAAAUCUUUCCAAAUGAAUUUAAUCAGUAUAAGUUUGGUCACUGGAAAUCCCUGGUAAUUCCCUAUGAUGGAUGGCAUUGGCGGCAGAAGAAGACUGGCUGCCAAGUCCUCGGCUGAAGACCAGGCCCUCGACCAAAUUGCAAAAGAGGCUGAGGAGAGGCUCCGCGUGAAGAGGCAGGCCAGGGCUGAGGCGCGGGAGAUCCGCAUGAGAGAGCUGGAGAAGCAACAGAAAGAACAGGAGGAGAAUGCCGACCGGCAGUUUGACAUGCUCGCCGAGCCGGUGGCCAGGACCGCGAGGACGAGCAUCAGCAGAUACAUGUCGAGCAGGAGGAGCUCGGAGGACUCCCUAGAGGACGGAGGCAGUCUCAGGGAAUUGAGGCACGAGCUCAGAGAGGUAGAGGACAAAUUUAGGAAAGCCAUGAUAACAAAUGCUCAACUGGAUAACGAAAAAGCCGCUCUAACCUAUCAAAUAGAACUACUUAAAGAUAAAUUACAAGAAUUGGAGGAAGAGCAGUCUCAGUUGAGAAGGGAGCAUAAGGAAAAGUGUAGGGAACACGAUCAGAUGAAGAGGUUAUGUACGAAGCUCAAGCACGACCUUGAAGUGACGAAAGCUGAGUUGGACGAACGGGAUAAGCUCAUAACGGAGCAUGGCUUGGUGAUAGUGUCCGAGGAAGCGGAAGAAACCAACGGUGAUAUUAGUAUGAAUAGUUUGGGUACUCCAAAAAAGUCAUUAGUGAAGGUAGAAAAUGCGAAGUUGUUAGAGAAUGCCGGCGAUGGCACAUUAGAUGUGAGACUCUCGAGGUUCAUCAAGGAGAAACGAGAUCUCGAGGACGAGAUAAACCAUCUAAAAUUAGAGUUAGAAGAAGAAAAAAGUAAAAAACGGAAAUCGCAUUCCGUCAGUAGUACCAACGGUCCGAUAGCGGACUACGACGCGGACGGAGAUGCGCAAAGGGAUGGAAGUAGCCUGUUGGCCGACUACAAAUUCAGGGCUCAGAAGGCCGAACAGGACGUUGCCACCCUUCAAGCGACAGUUGCCAGGUUGGAAAGUCAGGUGGUUCGAUAUAAGGCCGCGUCCGAAGCUUCCGAGAAGUUGGAGGAAACUUUGAAGGCCGAAAAGAGGAAGCUUCAAAGGGAGGCUCGAGACGCAAUUAAUAGAGCCGAAGAGUUGGAGACAUCGAAUCUGCACUUGCUCAAACGAUUGGAUAAAUUGAAGAACGCGAAGUCGACACUUUUGAAGGAACUCUGACAGAAGUAACUGAACUAUUGUGGGUUCCUUAAAGAGUAACACUGGAGACUUGUACAUUUGCAACAGGAAGAAUCAUAAACAGUUCAAUGAGCAAUCACGACUUGAGAUUAUCCCAUUCCAUUUGAAAAAUGUGCUUCAUCUAAUCCUAUCAAUUGAUUUUAUCGGCUUUCUUUGUUCUGAAGCGACGAUAGUAUUUUGGAUCGACGCGACAAUUAGAUUAUCCGAAGUCGAUGUGAGAGUAUCCUCAUUUCAGCAGAUCGUUCUGGAGAAAAAUUAGAUUUGGGUGAUACUAGUAGAAUUUCGAAGAAAUAGGAUAGGUUCAAACGUUAUUUAUGACUUGACUGCUUCGAGUAACUGUCACAUACUAAUAGUUCUUUCGAUGAAAAAAAAAACUAUCAAAUCCUACCAUUAUGAACUGUGAUAUUAAUUUAACAAUCAAAAGGUGGGGGUGUGAUGUCAGGUCAUAAUUUUAAUUCAAAUUGAAACUAACAAUACACCAUAUAGGAAGCUUUUUAUCGCAAUAGAAAGGUCGAUAUUGUAGUUUUGGAAGCAACUUAGGUGAUUUUCCUUGAGGAAAAUUUUAAUUCUCCCUCUUUCUCAACAGAACCUUAGGGUACAUUGAUGUCCUGAGGUUUUCAUACUUUUUUUUCUGGACUAACAUACUCAAACAAGAAAAAUUGGAUUCCAAUGUCAGAGAAAGUAAAACACAGAUUGUUUAAAACUUGCAUAGCUCUUCAUCAAUUGUAAAAAAGGUCCAUUAGUAACUAAGUGCCAUUUUAAAGUAUAUAUUCGUCAAAUUUUCACGAAACUAGUUGCUUCCAUGGAGAAAUAUACUCGUCAUUGUUUAUGAUAUAUUUUAAACUUUUUUUGUUUUCAGUUUUAUCUCGGCCUCUUGCAGUGUCUUAAAUUUUAUUAUACACCCAAGUUAUUUUUUUGUGUUUUAUGGAAUUUAUUUAUUAUUGUAAAAUACGAGUCCUUAUUUAUUGAAAAACUUUUUGUUAACUUUGUAAAUAUGUAAAGAAAUAAGGAAUUUUAAAGCCUCAGGUUGAAAAAAAGAUCUAGCGACGUCCGUACUAAUCGGAGAAGAUUAUCUCUGGUCAGGAAAUUGCAAAUCCGCUCAAAAACUGCAAAAUUUCGAUAUUCAUAAGAACAGAAGUAUGUAUUUAGCUGAGUAAUCAAUAAAUUAAUACAUUAAUAA